UGUUAACACCCACUAACAACAUGUUCAUGUGCUGCUCAGGAAUCACUCUGUUAUCCGACUUCACCUGAACGCAGCGGGAGCCAGGAGGUGGAGAGAGGAGGGAGGAGGAAGAGACAGCCAGCAGGGCCAGCAGCACCGUGAGAGCCUGUUUACCACCACCAACAACAACUUAUCUCUCCUUCAGGAAACCCUGAGAGCUAACUAAAACCUCCAGAUCCAGACUUUGGUCUCCAGACUUCAUGUGUGGACACCCAGCAGCUCGUCGUGUGUGUGCGGGAUGACAGGACUGCGUGCUGGAGGCUGGUUGAAGACAAAAGGGCAUCAGUGUGUUUGUGUGUGUUUGUGUGAUCGUAAUCUUCGGAUGAGAGUUUCUGUGUGACCGUUGGGGGACCAGCAAACCAAAAACCGAGCCUCUGGUCCUGGUCCUGGUAACGCCGGGGGGGAGGCCACCGACCCAGCCUGAACCAUGAAGUUCACAGAGCAUCUCUCGGCUCACAUCACCCCGGAGUGGAGGAAACAGUACAUCCAGUAUGAGGCUUUCAAAGAGAUGCUGUAUGCUGCUCAGGACCAGGCCCCAUCUAUUGAAGUCACAGACGAGGACACAGUGAAGAGGUAUUACGCCAAGUUCGAGGAGAAAUUCUUCCAGACAUGCGAGAAAGAACUCUCCAAGAUCAACACCUUCUACUCAGAAAAGCUUGCCGAGGCUCAGCGGCGAUUCGCCACGCUGCAGAAUGAGCUGCAGUCAUCGCUCGACGCCCAGAGGGAGACCUGGGCGAACGGGCGGGGCCUCCGGAGGAGAAAGACCGUGUUCGCUCUGUCUCAGCAGGAGCGCUGCAAACACAGAAACAUUAAGGACCUGCAGCUGGCCUUCUCCGAGUUCUACCUCAGUCUCAUACUGCUGCAGAACUAUCAGAACCUGAACUUCACCGGUUUCAGGAAGAUCUUGAAGAAGCAUGAUAAGAUUUUGGAGACAUCGAGGGGGGCGGACUGGAGGGUGGCUCAUGUUGAAGUGGCCCCGUUCUACACAUGCAAGAAAAUCACACAGCUCAUCUCUGAGACAGAGGCACUGGUCACAACAGAGCUGGAGGGAGGAGACAGACAGAGGGCCAUGAAAAGACUGAGGGUACCCCCUCUGGGAGCUGCACAGCCGGCUCCUGCCUGGACCACCUUCAGAGUCGGGCUUUACUGUGGAGUGUUUCUUGUCCUGGUAGUCACUGUCGUUAUAACAGGUCUGAAACUCUUCAUCAUUCGCUGA